ACUCCGAAAGUUUCUUCAGAAAUUCUUUCAUCAAAAUGAAUUUUCAAUUAUUUAUUUUCUUUGCUCUUCUUGCUUUUGCUAGAUCUGGAGUUCUUAAAAACACAGAAAACAUGCCCAUUUCUCACACAGACGCACUCUGUGGUUCUAUCAAAUGUCCUGAUAAUUAUAGAUGCGAACUGCCAGUCAGUGACUUGGAAUGUGGUUCUGAAGACGAUUGUUCAGUUGAUCCAAAGUGCGUGCCAAUCCCAAUCCGCAAACCGGAAUGUGAGGGCGAUGAAGAGCUCAAGGCGUGUGGCUCAGCGUGUGAACCGACAUGUGAUAACGAGAAUCCAGAAUGUGAUUUGGUGUGUAUGACAAACGUCUGCCAGUGUAAGAAAGGACUCGUCAGAGACUCGGCAACUGGAAAAUGUGUGGAGAAAAAUAAAUGCAGCAAAUGCACUCUUGAAUGCUCUGAGAACGAAAAAUGUGAACUUGUGGAGCUGACUUGUGAGGAGAAACCAUGCCAAAUUGUGGACGUAUGUGUUGCACAACAUACCACUGAAUAAUAUUUUCGAUGAUUAAAAAAAAAGUUGUUUUUCUCAUAUUUUAAUAUUGAUGUUUUCAUGCUAAUGUUUUCAGAAAAUUUAAAAAUAACAAUAUUCGAAUUUUAACAUAAUAUUUGUAUUCCUUUUCAAUAGCCAAAAAACUUAUGAACU